GCACCUAAUAAAAGAUAAACCCUAGUUGCAACCUGUGGAGUAGUGAUAUAUCUAGGCCCGACCCUAUCAUACCCUCCCCCUCUGAUCAGGGGCUGGUUCGGAUCUGAUCAGAGGCUGGUUCGGAUCUGGCCGUUAUUCCUUGAUUUUUUCUCUGGUUUUUUUUCUCUCGUUUUGCAAUGGCCGAGGACGGGAGGGUUCGAAUCGAGAAGUUCAACGGUACUGAUUUUGCAUGGUGGAAAAUGCAAAUAGAGGCGUUGCUUGGUGAGUGCAAUUUGGACAUGGUACUGGAAGAGAAACCGGAUGGAAUGGAUAAGGCUGCUGAAGCAAUUUGGGACUCAAAGGACAAAAAGGCAAUAGGUAAAAUUACACUAGCUUUGACGAGGAGUGUGGCGUUUAAUAUCAUGAAGGAAACAACUGCUCGUGGUAUGUUAACAGCUCUAUCAAAUAUGUAUGAAAAACCGUCGGCCGGUAAUAGAGUGUUCUUGAUGAGGGAAUUGUUCAUGAUGAGAAUGAACGAGGGCAGCCCAGUUGCUGAUCACAUUAAUGAGGUCAAUUCGAUCUUGUCAAGUUGGUCGGGAUUUGUGACAACGGUUACUGAAACUGCUGGGACAGGAAACUUGAAGUUUGAUCGGAUACGGGAUAGUGUUUUGGGUGAAGACAUUCGCCGGAGGAACGCUAGUGGAGGAUUUACUUCUGGGUUACUCAGUGUUAGCAGGGGAAGAGGUAAUAACAGAAACAGUGGGAGUCGUGGGAAGAGCUCGUCUAAGGCUGGAAAGAAUGUGGUGUGCUGGGUCUGCAAAGAAGUUGGGCAUGUCAAGAGUCAAUGCCCAAACAAGAAAAACGAAAUUAGCGCAGUUGUUGGGAAUGCAUCUGAUGAUGAUAGUGAUGCAUUGAUACUCAGCAUGGAAAGCUAUGUUGACUCUUGGGUCAUGGAUUCUGGUGCUNAACUACUUGGAGCUUACAAAAUGUCAGGGUGAUUCCAAGACUGAAGACAAAGUUGAUCUCAGUCGGACAAUUGGAUGAACAGGGACUAGACGUCAAGUUUGGUGGUGGAAAAUGGAAGGUGAUCAAAGGAAAUUUGGUUAUUGCUCGAGGCUUGAAAAGAGGAUCGUUAUACAUGGUACUGGUGACGUCU